AUGGCCUACGACUACACUGGCCAGUUUAGUGCCUAUUCUUCCCACCAAGCUAACGUUUUCGACGACCCGUCCAUUCCAAACAGCACCCCUUUUGAUACCGAUCAGGCUAUCCAACAAUAUAUCGAUGCUAGAGUGAUCGCGAAUAAGCUUGUCCUCGGCAUGCCCUUGUACGGGCGAUCUUUCGUCGGUACCAAUGGAUUGGGAACGCCGUUCACCGGUGUCGAGAACGGAUCCUGGGAAGCAGGGGUCUGGGACUACAAGGCUCUGCCGCACCCGGGUGUCAAAGAAUAUGUGCUCGACCGUGCAGUUGCAAAGCUAUAG